UGUUUUCACCAGAUACUCUUCUAUGAGAAGACACGUUUCCAACAGUCUGAAUAGUUUUUCCUCUGUUGGACCAGCAUGGCAGGGUUCAAGCGAGGAUACGAUGGGAAGAUUGCUGGAUUGUAUGAUCUGGAUAAAACCUUGGGCCGAGGUCACUUUGCAGUGGUUAAGCUGGCCAGGCAUGUCUUUACAGGCGAAAAGGUGGCAGUGAAAGUUAUUGACAAGACAAAACUGGACACGCUGGCCACUGGCCACCUUUUCCAGGAAGUGAGGUGCAUGAAACUGGUGCAGCAUCCCAACAUCGUGCGUCUCUACGAAGUGAUCGACACCCAGACCAAACUGUACCUCAUUCUGGAACUUGGGGAUGGAGGAGAUAUGUUCGAUUACAUCAUGAAACACGAGGAGGGCCUGAAUGAAGACCUGGCCAAGAAGUACUUUGCCCAGAUAGUUCAUGCUAUAUCUUAUUGCCAUAAACUGCACGUGGUUCACAGGGACUUGAAACCCGAGAAUGUGGUCUUCUUUGAAAAACAAGGUCUUGUGAAGCUGACAGACUUUGGUUUCAGCAACAAGUUUCAGCCAGGGAAGAAGCUCACUACCAGCUGUGGGUCUCUCGCAUAUUCUGCUCCAGAAAUCCUGCUUGGGGAUGAGUAUGAUGCACCUGCCGUAGAUAUAUGGAGUCUGGGAGUGAUCCUGUUCAUGUUGGUGUGCGGGCAGCCACCCUUUCAAGAGGCCAAUGACAGUGAAACAUUGACAAUGAUCAUGGAUUGUAAAUACACGGUCCCAUCCCAUGUGUCUAAAGAGUGUAAAGACCUGAUCACCCGGAUGCUACAGAGAGAUCCCAAGAGAAGGGCCUCUUUAGAAGAGAUUGAAAACCAUCCUUGGCUUCAGGGCGUGGACCCUUCGCCAGCCACCAAGUAUAACAUCCCCCUGGUGUCCUACAAGAACCUCUCAGAGGAGGAGCACAACAGCAUCAUUCAGCGCAUGGUGCUCGGGGACAUAGCGGAUCGAGACGCCAUUGUCGAAGCCCUGGAAACCAACAGGUACAACCACAUCACGGCCACGUACUUCUUGCUCGCCGAAAGGAUCCUGAGGGAGAAGCAGGAGAAAGAAAUCCAAACCAGAUCUGCCAGCCCCAGCAAUAUCAAGGCCCAGUUUAGGCAGUCGUGGCCCACCAAAAUCGACGUGCCCCAGGACCUGGAGGAUGACCUCACCGCCACUCCUCUGUCCCACGCGACCGUCCCUCCGGCUCCUGCGCGGGCUGCCGACAACGUCCUCAAUGGCCACAGGAGCAAAGGCCUGUGCGACACGGCCAAGAAGGACGACCUCCCCGAGUUGGCUGGCCCGGCACUGUCCGCGGUGCCGCCGGCGAGCUUGAAGCCCGCGGCCAGUGGGCGGAAGUGCCUGUUCCGGGUGGAAGAAGAUGAAGAGGAGGAUGAGGAGGACAAGAAACCCAUGUCCCUCUCCACACAAGUGGUCCUGCGCCGGAAGCCCUCGGUGACCAACCGGCUGACCUCGAGGAAGAGCGCCCCGGUGCUGAACCAGAUCUUUGAGGAAGGGGAGUCCGACGACGAGUUCGACAUGGAUGAGAACCUGCCCCCCAAGCUGAGCCGGUUAAAGAUGAACAUCGCCUCCCCGGGGACGGUUCACAAGCGCUACCACCGGAGGAAAAGCCAGGGCCGCGGCUCCAGCUGCAGCAGCUCGGAGACCAGCGACGACGACUCGGAGAGCCGCCGGCGGCUCGAUAAAGACAGCGGCUUCACCUACUCCUGGCACCGCCGGGACAGCAGCGAGGGGCCGCCGGGCAGCGAGGGCGACGGCGGGGGCCAGAGCAAGCCCGGCAACAGCAGCGGCGGGGCGGACAAGGCCAGCCCCAGCGAGAACAACGCGGGCGGGGGCAGCCCCUCGGGCGGCUCGGGCGGCACCCCGGGGGGCACCUCGGGCAGCACCCGCCGCUGCGCCGGCCCCGCCAACUCCACGCAGCUGGCCUCGCGCAGCGCCGGGGAGCUGGUCCAGAGCCUCAAACUCAUGGGCCUCUGCCUGGGCUCUCAGCUCCACGGGGGCACCAAGUACAUUCUGGACCCGCAGCACGGCCUGUCCUUCUCCAGUGUCAAGGUCCAGGAGAAGUCCACGUGGAAGAUGUGCAUCAGCUCCGCGGGGAACCCGGGCCAGGCCCCCGUGGUGGGCAGCCUCAAGUUCUUCUCCGACCACGUGGCGGACAGCACCACUGAGCUAGAACGGAUACAGAGCAAGAACCUGAAAAAUAACGUGCUCCAGCUACCUCUGUGCGAAAAGACCAUCUCUGUGAACAUCCAGCGGAACCCCAAGGAGGGGCUGCUGUGCGCCUCCAGCCAGGCCACCUGCUGCCACGUCAUCUGACGGCGGCCGCGGCCACUCGCACGCUUCCUGCUCGGAGCGGUGAAGACCGGCUCCCUUCACUGUUUCCUUUCCGGUUUUACUCUUAGCGGGCAGUUAUUUAUUACGUUUCCUUAGUUCGCCUGGCGCCGUGACAAUGCAUGGUCUUUGUGCAUGCUGCUGCUAGCCACUGCUUUUCUGUCCCAGCCGAAAAGUCAACCUCUUGUGUCACUUUCACAUUCAGAAUUUUAGUGUGGAUGAUCAGGAUUAAAUUAAAAUGUAUAUUUGGAAGCUAACAUAAAUGGAGCACUUAGAAAUUUGAUGUUCCGCACUUAACCUAGACAGAGAAAACAUGCUUGUAUUUCCUUGUUGAAAAAUCUAAAUUCCUGUCCUGACCUUCUGUUACACGGAGACUCCGCGCUCCGGGCACACUCUGGUGUCCGAUACAGAACCAAAGCAAUAACCGUGAGAUGCCGACAGGCCCGGAGCCCGCGGACGUGCCUGCCAGCUUUCCGAGGCUGCGCCGGACCGAGUACAGCCGACGUCUGCACUAGAACCUUAAACCGAGAUUUCAACAUACCCACACCUGUUUGUCUUAAGCUAUAGUGUGAAAAAAGUUUGGGCUCUUAAAAAUUAACUGAAAAAGAUUUUCCUGUUUUGUAAUAGGUGAGAUGAAGUACUUAGAUUUAUACGGCAGCUUCCCCUGUAGUGGUAAAUGACAAGCAGACAAUCUUAUUUUGUAAUGUGUGAACUGAUGAUGUCUUAACUCUACUUAGAGAGUGUGUCUGUCUAACAGAACAAAAUGACGCUCGUGUAAGCUCCUUCCCGCAGGGCACAGCCCGGGGUUUCCUUCAGAACCAUGUAGAUAGAAGAAACUAGGGCCUCACGUGGAGGCAGAGUGCACACAGAGGUGGGCAAAGUCAAACCCCGUCAAUGAGAAAAACAUAUAUAAACACAUGCAUAGACACAUGGAUUGAUUUUUACGAGGUUGGUAAUUAGGUUGUCUCUUUUGUUAUUUCCGUUUUAUAUCCUUUAGCUCAAUUAGCUAUGACAAUUGGCUAAUCAAAAAAUACACAUCAAAGGGUAGAAUCCACACAAUCAGCGAACAAAACUGUACCAAACCUGCUUCAGUUUUGUUUUUUUUGCUGGAAAUAUUUUUCACUUUGCCUUCCUGCCAAAACAAUAAUCAAGAACUCUUGCUUUAAACUAUUCCUGCACAGAGACUCCUUUUGACCAGAUAAUCACCUUUCGAGACAGUGUGUCUGUGGGGCCCAGUGUAUUGCACAUCGCUGAUGGCGGAAGGGCCAGACGCUCCUUUUCUCUGCUGUGCCCUGAGGGGUCUCAGCUGCUGAGCCACAUUGGCCAUAGGAUGCGGCCGGGCGGGGCCUUGCCCCGCUCAUCAGCCUCCGGCGGGGUGUCUGGUCCACACAGUGGCAGAGCACCAGGCGACGGCACUCCAUUGGCACAGCUCCUCCAGGAAUACACUGACCUUGCUACUUGAGUAUCCAGCUAUUUUACUCAGAACUCUGAAUUUCACUGUAUACUUACUAGACUAAGUAAAGAUGAUACUUCAAAUACUUCUUUUACUUUCUAGACCUAGGCUAGAUGUGUUUUAAGCUAUAGCUCUAGUUCAAUGUGAUAUUUAUAAUUGAAAGCUAUGAGAAUAGGUGUGUGGGUGAAGCCAUAGAACACAUUUGCUUGAAACUCUUGAGCAGGGAUCUUCUAAAGGGCCAGAAAUAAGAUGUGUGGUUCACAUAGACAGUGAGCGUAACAUCUGUAUUAAACAUAGGAGAGAAGUUUAUAAAAGGGCAUUGGCAAUAAACUCUUUGUUGCAGCUGUUUUCCAAGUAAUGUAAAUACUUUUUCCUGUGAUUAUGUAUAGCCUUGGAAUGGCACAUUUGAACCCGUAUGUGUUCGGUUUUCAUUGUGUUUUUUAUAUUCAGAUGUAUAUAUGGUGCUCACUUUAGGAUCAGCAGUGUUGACCAUUUAUGCUGCAUAGCUGUAUUAUAGCCUUAUUAGUUGUGUGUGGUUGGUUGGCCCUCUGGGUAGACAGAUGGUAGUCUGAGUGGCGUCUUACUCAUUUGUUCCUAAGUGAAUGACUGUGCAUGUGUUGUAUGUCAUCGUAUGUUGUCCCAUAAAAGAGAGGGAGCGAAUAACCAUUACAUUAAGAUAAUAUUGGACCAAACUACUUACUUGCUCUAACAGUUUCUUGUACCCCUUAACCUGUCUUCAGAAGUUGCAUAGAGUUACAGUAGUGUGUAAAUUAAAUAUUGUGGACAAUUCGUCUUGUAUUUUUCUGUAUGUGUGUGUACAUAUAUACAUAUGUGUGUAUAUAUAUAUAAAUAUAUAUAUAAAAAUAUGUACUUCUGACAAUUCUAUCUGUAUUUAAAGAUGUGACAAUCUUGACACCGACUUUAAGAAUAGCCGUGAGACUGAAUCAAAUUAAAGGUAUUUCUGCCACGUGA